ACAUUUUCUCCAGGGGAACUGGUCUCUGUAGCCUAGAGAUCAAUUGCAAUACUGGGAGAAGCCCCACCAGUAAGCUGGCAACCACAUUAGUAGAAAAGAUCCAAUCAAUCCAACCCUACUCUUUGCAGGCUCAGGGCAGCUAACAAGGCAUGGAAUACCAGUAACAUUUGCUACAGAUUUCUUCCGAUUUCACUGGAGAGAAAUAAAUUCUUCAGAACAGUGGAUUCAGAAUUCUACUUUGAAUAAACCAGAGGACUCUUUUUCUCUGUCUUUCUUCAUCUUGUUUAACUUUAAGGAAUUUCAUUUCUAACACAUGGCAAGAAACAAAAUCUCUUGAGCAAUGGAUUCAGAAUUCUACUUUGAGAAAAGAGGACAACUCUCCACUCCACCCCAAUCAUCGUGUUUGUUCUCAUUUAAUUAAGAGCUCUGAGACAUUUCUGAUGGACUUCUCUCUUCAGUGACUCUCAGUGAUGCUGUUUCCAUAGCGGCUCGUAGACCGGAAUAACUGCUCUGACAAUGAACACUACUAGACAUUGGGCUCUUACAUUUCAGCCAAUGUUAUUGAACACCACCAGCACAGACAUCAACGAUUCAGCCCUUUACAGCAGCAGGAGCGACCACGGGUUCUGCGAGCAGGUCUCCAUCAAGGCAGAGGUCUUCUUGACGCUGGGGAUCAUCAGCCUUCUGGAGAACAUCCUUGUCAUUCUUGCUGUGAUCAAGAAUGGAAACCUUCAAUCUCCCAUGUAUUUCUUCCUUUGUAGCCUAGCAGCCGCAGACAUCCUCGUGAGUAUGUCCAAUGCCUUGGAGACCAUCAUGAUCGCCAUCCUGAGCAACGGGUACUUAGACAUCGAUGACCGUUUCAUCCAGCACAUGGACAAUGUCUUUGACUCAAUGAUCUGUAUCUCUUUGGUUGCCUCCAUAUGCAACCUUCUGGUCAUAGCUGUCGACAGGUACAUUACCAUUUUUUACGCACUCCGCUACCACAGCAUCAUGAGUGUGAGGAAAGCCCUGGCAUUGAUUGGAGUUAUUUGGGUUGCUUGUAUCAUCUGUGGCAUCAUGUUCAUUGUCUAUUAUGAGAGCAAAACUGUCAUUGUCUGCCUUAUCACCAUGUUCUUCACCAUGCUGUUCCUCAUGGCCUCCCUGUAUGUCCACAUGUUCUUGUUUGCACGACUGCAUGUCAAACGCAUUGCCGCUCUCCCGGCCGAUGGGGUCCCCCAUCAGCGCACCUGUAUGAAAGGGGCUGUCACAAUAACCAUUCUCCUUGGGGUCUUCAUUGUCUGCUGGGCACCAUUUUUCUUACACCUCAUUCUCAUCAUCUCCUGCCCAACAAACCCUCAUUGCAUUUGCUACACCUCGCAUUUUAACACGUACCUGGUCCUUAUUAUGUGCAACUCAGUCAUUGAUCCUCUUAUUUAUGCAUUCCGCAGUCUGGAGAUGCGGAAGACAUUCAAGGAGAUUGUUUGCUGCUGUUACGGCACGAGCUCAGGGCAAUGCAUGCUCUAAGGCAUUCACUCGCUACCACUUGCAGAGACAUUGAGUGCUUGAUGCUGAAGCAAAAAUAAAACCCCUCAAGACAGGCUCAAACCCGCAUGCUGCCGACAGUGUGCAAAGAAAAAGUUAACGAGCUGGUGGGGCAGGGGGGAGGGCUGUGGGGUUUCUUUUCCCUUGCUGUGUUAGGGGAACAAAUUUGUCCAAGAGUGCAAUUUUCUUCUGCUCGCAUAGUGCUAAGAGAAGCCAAUUCACCUUGAGGGGCAGGGAGAGAAAAUCCCCUCAGUUACACUAUUGAGAGAAACGAUGUCCAUUUCAACAUUAGGGCUUUUGUAAAUCUAACAAAAAGAGAGGGUUUUUGCAGAUUUUCCUUCUCAAAUCACAGUGACAGAGGUGACUGAAUGGCUUCACAUGGAGGAAUGCCUGGAUGUUAAUGCUUUAUUUAAAGGUACUAGGCUAGUAUUCUUUUUACCCCAAACUACCAAGUGCUGCUCUCUUCUUUUGCAAACUGGCAUGGCAUGCUUCCUCAAACCAGCAUCAAUUUGACGGACAGAUGCUAUUGUCCUCGUGUUAAUGACAACUUUUCUGUUUCCAGAGAGAGGCAAAGCAGAAGUUAACAGAAUUAUCUUUUGAAAAGACCUCGAACCUUGUCCUCCUUCUUCUCAGGAGAACAAGGAAAGAAUAGUUACAGAGGGCAGAUUUUGCUACUAGCUGAUGGACAGAUGUGCCACAGGCAAAUCUCAAAUCAAUAAUGUGUCUUAUAAAGGUACAUCUUUAUCUUGCAGAGUGAUGUGAGUAGCAGCUAUCAGAAAGGGGCUCACAAAGAGCUAUUCUCCAUUUUUGAAAGCAGGUGCAACCAUGCAAGCAUCAGUUUCAGCAGGAAAGCUCUCUUUCCCGAUACACUGUGAAAGCAUGCUAUCAGUUAAAUAUAGUGAUAUUCUGUCUCAGAGUCAUUUUCUCAUAGCUUCUUCAUCAUGAUACACGAAGAGUUGUCAUUUGACAUUGUAUUAGGAAGAUCAAUACUGAACUGCAGAGAUCUGUCCCUAGAAAGGAUCGAUGCAUGGGUGAAUUGCGAUUGCAAUAGUAGAAACUGUCAAAAAUAAAUAAACAUAAAGG